AUGUUUCGCGUCUUUCGCGAGGGCUGGCGGAGCCUCUCAGCCGCUAAGCCUCAUUUCAGCCCAACAGCAACAACGCGGUACCGCAUAUCUCAGCGGCUUCUCAAGCAGCGGGUGCAGUCGUCCUUUUCUCGACAACCACGGGGGCCUGCAAGUCAGUAUACAGUGCUCAGGUCUGGAUUCUAUGGCACCAUCUAUUUGUCCAUCGCCCUCCUGGUCACGGAUGAGACGCUGGACUGGACCACGCGGCAGAAUGUGGGCAUCGAGGCUGUCCAGGAGAUCACGCGGGCCGAAACCCAUGAGGAGCAGCUCAAGCGUUUCUGGGCACUCGGGCCUGCCCUGCUCAAGGCCCACACCGGAACCGAUGUGCAGCACCAUGAUCCCAUACAACCCACCGAGGACUCCGGGCUGGAAGAGGACCUGGAGGUCCGUACCAUGACCGCACCAGACCCGGAAUCGCCAGGCACGGACUUGCUGCUCUGUCAAGCUGCUUUCGUGCAUGAGGAGGAGCCCGAGUUCUACGUUUCCACCCAUCAUAAUCGUAUGGCUGAUGCGGCGCACUCACUCUCUCCUGGAUUCGAGGAGUUCGCCAGGAGUCAGAACGUGAAGAAGGGCGCUUUGCUGCUCAUUCACCCUGAUGGUAAUUGGUAUUGCCUUUAUUACGACGGAAGAAGAUGGCUCAACAUGAUAUUCCUGGAAUGGCAAACCGCCGAGUCGAUGGGCUUGCCAUGA